AACCACCCCUCAAAUGUCAUUUGACAAUUUCGAGUUUAGCAAAAAUAAUUUUGUUUAUUACGUAUUUCGGUGGCAAUAAUAAUAAAUGAAUGUGACUGUUACGUUAAUGACCACUUUAACGCCACCCCAUGGGGGUUAAACACUCCGCAGUCCUAAAUGGGGGGCUGCAGGUAAAAUGGGUAGCUGUUUCGGCAAAUGUUUGCCUAAAUCAGAUACUUCGAAAAGUCUUCGCAACUUUAAUAUUCUUCAAGGGCAGAGAAAUGGAGUCGAAUUCGCAUUUUUGGUGGACGAUAGUUCCACAACACAACACAUAAAAAGAAGCUUUUUUUCGCGUUUAUUUAAUAAAAGAAACGACAACAAACAGAAGCCAGUUUUGAAUUUAGUUGAUGGUUUAUUGAAUCCUCAAUUAACUGCUUAUAGUAGACUGAAUGAAUCACAGCGCCUUCCAUCAACUGGAUCAUGUACAAGUCGAGAUAUUCAACUGCAGUGUUUGGAUGCUAGGGCUUUGUUAUCAAGGACAGCAGCGUCAACACCUGUCAGUUCUUUAGAUUUGGAGUGGGAACAUGAGACGAUCCCAAUUUCAAUGAUUCAUGAUCCAUCAGGAAGUUCUUGGACUGCGCUGCCUGAAGACUUCUCUGAAACAAGUCCUCAAAACACAGCCCCGGGAUUAAAUAGCGACUCAGAUUGGUCGAGAGUCUCUUCAGCAAAUUCUUUAGAAUGGGAUAACGUCCAGAAUUCGAUUCAAGCAAGUCCGCCUAUAUCUGAAAUUGACACUGAUACUCAAAUACUUCUCAGUGAAAUUGAAAGACUUACAAGUAAAACACUACGUGAAACGGGUCAUGAUUUGUUCAGCUGAUUUGAAACUACGAUUGUGGUAAAUUAAUAAUUUUUAUUAAAUAGGUGCAAUAUGACUGAAACGGGUGAUGUGGUUAUCAUUUUUUUAUUUUAUUUAAGAAAAGACAAAUUAUAGUAAAUAAAUAAACAGUCGAUUAAGUAUGCGUGGUGUAUAAUGUAAUAAUUAUACAGGGUGUUCCCAUUAAACUCAACUUUGUUAUUUUAAGUAUAAAAUUGGGUUUUUACCGUGUUUGACAUUUUUUAACUUUUUUUAAAAUUGGAUUUGAACCUUAUUUUCAUAAAUCGAUAACUUACCCAUUUUUAAAUAUACUGCUCCACAAAAAUUUUAUUCUUCUUAGCAUUGUGGAAUCCAACAAAAACAAAAAAGUAAAAAGAUAUCUGCCUUUAUCUCACUUUUAAUUAAUUAUUAGUUUAAUUUUUAAUAAUUUAUGAAUUUAAUUAAUUGUAAUUAAUUAUGAAAUUGUAUUUGGGUAUUUGAAAGAGAAAGGUUCGAACUCUCUUUUGGUGGAAUCAUAAUUGAGAAAAUUAACAAGAAAAUCAAAUAUCCUGAACGCAUUUUUUUAAUAAAAUGCUCCAAUUUAUUCUUGAUUAAAUGGAAGAGAAUUUAAUUUUGCUUUGAUCUGUAUUAACAUACUCUAGUAGUUUUCACGUUAUGUCGAUACAGAAUGAUUUAAAAAAGAUUGCUUUCAAAGGGUCAUAUUAACUGAAUCAUCCUGUAUUUUAGAUACAUAAUCAUUAUGAAAAUAAUUUACAACAAUUUUUCUGUUAUUUUUUUUAUAUAUCACUUUUGAUUUUAACAGAAUUGAAUUCAAAUUCAAUACAGAGUGAUUAAGUAAAGAUGGUGAGUUUGUUUUUAAACCGACUUUUUAAUAAUUUCAAGACUUUUACGCUGCAUUUUUCUAAGUUUUUGGGUGUUGGACUUAUUGUGAUUUAAUUUUUGAACAAAUGUAGAAUGUUAGCAUUUCAACUGAUUCACUCUGUCGAUUUCAAGUUUUUUUUUACUAAAAAUUCGUCGCAGUUUAACAAGAUUUAAUUAUGAUACAUUAAAUAGUAUUUAUCGUUUCAAAAAGUAUGAAGAUGUUUUUAGAAAUACUUUCAGUUGUCUUGAAUCACUCUGUAUAUAAUAAUAAACCCGUUUUUGUAUCGAAAAUCGGUCAAAUUUACACUUUUCCACUUAUGUCUUUUAUGACAGAAUUGAAUUAAGAUUAAGUAAAGAGUGAUUCAGGAAACCGUUUUUUGAAACGAAUUUAGUUUUUUAUAAUUUCAAAACUUUUAAACUAACUAAUAACUUUAAUAUUUUUCAGUAAUUUUCAAGACUUUUGCACUAUAUUAAAACUAAUUAAAAUUUAAUUUUUAAGACAAAUCUAGAAUGGUGGCAAUCUCAACUGAAGCACCCUGUACAGUUGGAGUGACUUUUUCGUCGCAGUUUAACGAGACUUGAUUAUUUUAUUUAAAUAUUAUUUAUUAUUUCAAAAAGUGUAAAGAAUUUUUAUAAAUAUUUUAGCCAUCUCAAUUGAUUCAUUCUGUCGAUUUCAAGUUUUUUUCACUAAAAGUGUGAAGAUUUUAUCAGUUGUCUUGAAUCACUCUGUAUUAAUAAUAAACCCGUUUUGUAUCGAAAAUCGGUCAAGUUUACACUUUUCCACUUAUUUCUUGGUGUUUUUUUCGAAAUAUUUUAUGACAGAAUUGAAUUAAGAUUAAGCACAGAGUGAUUCAGUAAUGAUGUCGAAACCCUUUUUUGAACAGCUUUUAGGUUUUUUUUUAUAAAAUUUCAAGACUUUUAAACUAUAUCUAUGUGUAUUGCUUAUUGCAGUUUAUAUUUUUAAGGAAAUUUAGAAUGGUGGUCAUCUUAAUUGAUUCAUUCUGUACAUUAGAAGAAUUUUACAAAAAGUAUAAAAAUCGAGUAAUGCUGAAAAAUAUUUAAACAAUAAUGGAAAUAUUUUAUGACAAUUGAAUUAAGAUUGAGUACAGGGUGAUUCAGUAAAGAUGUCGAAACCGUUUUUUGAAUAACUUUCAAAUUUUUCAAUAAUUUCAUGGUGGCAAUCUCAACUGAAGCACCCUGUACAUUUAUUUUUAUUAAAAAUUCGUCGCAGUUUAACGAGACUUGAUUAUUUUACUUAAAUAUCAUUUAUUAUUUCAAAAAGUAUGAAGAAUUGUAUUGGUGAUAAAUCCGUUUUCUUAUCAAAAACUUUGAAAGACAUUUUUAAAUAUUUUGUAACAAAACUUAAUUGAAAUUAAGUACUCUUUUAUGUGCCCAAAUACGAUUUCAAAAUAAUUAAAAACGACAGAGUUAUCGAUUUUUUAAGAGGAAAAUGCAAAUUUAGUGAAAUUCAAAAAAGUCUAAAUAUUUCGGAAACUAGGGAAGACAAACUGUCUCAAAAUCACUUGCCUAAUCCAAAAACGCAAUAAAAAAUGUAGCUUUCUAUUUAAAAUAAGGAGGUUGAUACUCACUUCCGGUUAACCGGAAGUGCUGCCAUUUUGAAAAUAUUUUCAUUUACCAGGACCUAACCGAUUAUGUGUGGUUUAGCUGGAACACCCUGUAUAUUUACAAAAAAGUUAAAUAUUCCAUUUUUAGUUCACUGUGAUUAGAAAUAUUAAUCAUAUCAUCCUAAAGAGUUAAAUCAAAUAUUAUUUGUGAUAAAAAGUACUAAACAAAUGUAUUGGAUGUCAACACUUUAUAAAAUUUUGUUUCCUUAUUUUUUGGCCGAAUCAGCUUCUUUGUUGGCAUCUGGUACAAAAAACUGCUAGUUUUGUAAAGUUUACACCAAUUUUCCAUAAUAGGACACAGAAAGUGACAAAAAUUUGUCACUCACUGUAUAAAAAAAUUCACCUAGUAAUUAUUAUUGGUUAGAUUAGUGAAAAUGUGGUAGAGGCCUAUAAAAACGGUUGUUUUAUUAACCAAUUCCACCCACACAGGUUGUGCAUUUUGUUUGAAUCAAAAUGAAAGUUUUUUAAAUUUCAGCAACAUAAUCACUGCGACUGCAGCAACUAAAUUCUAAAUAAAUUAAUUACCAAUGUUGUAAUAAAUGUUUUGCUGCUUAAAUUGAAGAUUAAAUAUAAAAUAUUGUUAAAGUUUUUGAAAAAAAAUUAUUUAUAAAAUUGUUUGGCAAUAAGAAGAGGAUUUGGUGAGGGUGUAAAGUUGGUAAAUGAAUAUUUAUCAGGGGGGACCAAGAAAUUGCAUGUUUAGUGAGGCCUUCAAGUGUAAUCAGAAUUUGAUUGUUUUAUCAAAUUCUUUGAAUUAGUUUAUUUCCACCCCAUGGCUAAAUUGUUGUAAAUACACACUUCAUGUAUACAUAUCACCCCACAAAAAAUAAAAUAGUACCAUGUGAAA